AAAAGCCCUAAUCUCAUUUUUAAAAUUUUUUUUAUUUAUCCAAAGCUACAAAAUCUCUGUCCGGAAACUCCUUCCCAUUUCCCUGCAUCUAUCGAUGGAAUCGAAAGAAGGAUUUGAAGAUUUCUACAACACGAUCGAGCCGAAGCGGUCCCGCCGUGUCAGUUUCGCCGCUGACAUCACAUCUGUCCACGUCUUCGACCGGGACGAGGACUUCGACUCCCCGCCUGAUUCAAAAUCCAGAUCCGAACUCGCUAAGUCAGCCCAGAAACAGAGCAGAGAAGGAGAUUGCACCCCCGACGGUGGUGAUUUGAAGGAGCCGUCAUCACGUCGUGAUGGUGAUGAUGGCGAUGGUCAUGAUCAUGGGCAUUAUGAUGAUGGUGAUGAUGAUGAAGAUGUCCGGGAGCCUUUUGUACGGAACAUGGAUUUUUCGUCUCCCGGGAGCACUGUGGGGUCUGCAGAGUCAAAUGACGAAGACAAUUUUUUCGGGCCUGUAUCGGCAAGUUUUAUAAGACCAGGACGGUUAUCCACCGAGUCUGCUAACUCAGAUGAUAAUCCUGAUGUUACUAUGGAUUCCACGGCAUUCUCUUUGCAUUUUCGUAGUCUCAUGCAGUCAGAUGAACGAUUGAACAACUCUGGAGGAAACUUCAAGACGCCAACUGGUGUUCAUCUUGCAUUUGAGGAAAAGACACCCACUGGAGAUUCCAUGCCUACGAAUGCUGGAAGUUUCAUGGUUCUUACUGGUGAUAAGAAGCUGAUCCCUCAAUGCAUGUCUGAUGGAAGAUCUAGUGGUGGCGGUGAUUCCAAUGAUAUGAGCUUGGUAGUUGAAAACCCAGAUAAAUACAAUUAUGGAAGACUGUCUCCCAGUUUGGAUGCUUUGCUGUCUGAAGGUCAGAAGCAUGUGCAGCUUGUCUCCAUUUCUAAUCAAAUCAAUGUGCCAAAUUCACUCAUAUCUCCAAACACCGGCAAUAAGCUUUCAACAUUUGAGCAUAGGAGCAAGCUCGAGGAUCUAGAGAAUUCUGGCAAUGCAAAAAAACUCAGUAUUGAAGGUGACACUGUACCAGCUGAGGUGCCUUUUGAUGCCAGCAAUAAAUCGUGCGAUGUAGAUGGUGGUUAUAGGACCAUGAAUAUUGACAAGACAUGCCAGUCAUCUGUUACUAAAGUGACUCUGCCAGAUGAUAGAGCCAUUGGGCAUGGGAACCAGACGCACAGUGAAUUGACUCAGGGCACGUUUUCUUGCAUGGAUAAGGAAUCAUGCAAAGAUACACCUGAAGCAGGUCAAUCCCUGUUUAACUCUGCUGGAAAAGUUGGCACCCUCUCAUCUCUGGACAAAAACUUCUCAACAGACCUGAUCAUGCAACAUGAUUGUGGACCUAGAGGUUAUGUUGGAGAUAAAACAGGGGAAAGUACUUGUUUUUCAACUUAUUCUCCUGUACCUUUGACAAAAAUUUUGACCUCAACCCCUCCAAACAGUCUGGAAAUAUUGGCAGUGUCUCCAAAGGGAAAAAGAGAUACUCCUGAUUAUAGUAAGAAUGCUGAUCAGGACCCUCAAGCUCCAUCUCCAGAAUCGGUAUGCUCUUUGCGCAGUAAACGUGAACGUCUAUUUCAUGAUACUGGCGUUUCAUUCACCAGCGAAUGGAUGUCUAGUCCUUUUGUCAGAGAACAACCCCAUUCUCCUCUAAAUAAUGAAAGUAUAAGUAAUGGUGGGAUCAUAUCAUCUAUAAAGAACCGCAUCUCAAAAUUCAAGACUUGUGGAACACAGGAAGUUGAAGUUGAAACCUCCAAGCCAUCAUUAUUGGGUCUUGCUGAUAAUCCCUGUCUAUUUGAGGGUACUCUGGAUGAAAACAUUGAAGAUCCUAGACAGAAACCUGUUGAUGUUUCUGUUGCCGGUGUAGAGGGGCACUCAUUAGAUAAUGCUGAAAAGAACACCACAGUGGAAAUUGCAGUUGGAACGCAUGCCUCCAGCAGUGAGACUCCAGAUAAGCUUAUAAUAUCGAGGCCGAGUGGAGAUAGCGGAGUCAUCUUGCAUGAUGGAGAACUUAAAACACAGAUGGGUACAAGUACCUUCUCCAAUAGCCAAAAUAAUAAACUGACUGCUGCAUCUGUUUCAUCCUUUGAGGUCUCCGGGUUAGAAAAGAAUAGGGAACUGCAACCCUUGAUUUUUCACUAUCCCAUUGAAGGAACCAUGUCAACUCCCUUAACUCACUCUCCGCAAAUACAGACAACAGCUGAGCAGAAGGAGAUUAAGCAAGUAGCUGCUACUCCUAAUAAUCUUGUCUCCUCUUCUGUCAAAAGGUUGGACCAGAAAACAUCUGCAUCAGGAGGGCUGAAGGGAAUUCUUCUAAGUACUUCAAAUCAGCAGAGGCUAACUGAUAAGCUUGUUAUAUCCAGCCCGAGGCAACAAAUGCAAGAUGCAAGGACUGGAUCUAAUGCGGGUCUUUUGACAACAAUAUCUGAAGGCAUUGUUGAGUCAAGUUCAUUGCUCAAGGAAAACAGAGAAUAUUCCACAAUGCCCUUGACCAAUAUUAACUCUAGUGUAAUGAGAAGUGUUGGUAAACGGAAAGAAAGAGAAUACAUGGAGUCCUUUCUCCCUGACUUGCAAAAGGAGUUGGAUGCUACUGGUUCUUACCAAACUCCUUUGCGUAGUAGAGUGACACUGAACUUUCACUCUCUUAGCCAAGACAGGAACUUCCAAAGAAGGAUGGACCAAGCUAAGUUAGGGGAGAUGCUCUUGCCUGAAAGGCAGCUGAAUGCUUCCUCUUGUGAGUCUGCUCCUCCGGAGGUCUCUAGGAGGGUGGCAACCCAAGCACAAUCUGGAAAGAAUUUGGUAGGAGUAGUUCAAAGUGCCUCUUGGAAAGAGAUCUAUCAUCUGACAGAAGGUGAUGGCCUGCAACCCCUUUCUCGGAAGGAUACAGUCUCCCCUGAAGUGCUUCAAGGGUUGAGGGAACAUGACCAUAGUGUUGGUAGCAAAAGUUUCCACAUUUUACGGAGAUCAUUGUUCAUACCCGAAGUUGAUGGUUCUGGAAGUAGUCCGCAUAUUUCAUGUGUGGAGAAAGAACAGAUGGAUGACAAUGGAAGGAUCAAACAGAGGCCAAAAGUUGUGGCGAAAGUGGGAGGCAGUGUCUCAAGAUUUCAUUCUGAGGAUCAUGUGGUAAGCAGCAAUGAGGCAGACAAAAUUGGUGGUGAAGCAUCUCUGAAGCAUUGGAGUGACGUUUUCUCAAAAUUUUCUGCAGCAACAGAACAACUGUUACCAACAUCAACUGAUAAACUCAGUACACAGGAGAUUGGCAUACUGGAAGAUAUGGUGGGUGAGCUUCAGAAAGCUAAAAAGUUUGAGAAGUUAUGCACUGAAAUUAAAUCUCAGAAAAUGCAUCAUCAUCCGGGCAACUUGCAACAACAAAGAGUGGCUGAAGCGACAUGGUUGCAGCAUAUGCUCAUGUAUGAACAGGCAAAGUUGCAGCUACUACGAGUGAAGCGAGACAGAUUGCUUAAAAAUGCACAACAGUUGCAAUCGGGAAUUCAGGAGUGUCGGAAUAUCCAAUCCAAUACAUUGCGAAAUCAAGUACCUAGUACACGAGACGUUCAAAAUAAGGAGAGAUGUGUUCAAUAUCUUUCAACUGAAUCUGACGGUGAUAAUCAGGAUGCACACCAUAAGGUAACUGUGAUGAGGAAAGAGCUUGGAGUGCUAGAUGAAAAAGUAAAAAAAGUAAUCAAAUACUUCCACUCUGCUUGUAAGUUAAGAGGAGACCCAGGCUAUGAUGAAACAAUAGUAUUAGUUAAUGAUCAUUUGCAGAAGCGAAAUCGUUGCAUACUUAUUCACCAAUACCUGAAGUUAUGGGUAUUGGAUGACAUAGGGAGAAAGGAUGAUCACUGGAACAUUGUUCUCAACUAUCGCAGUCUCCUAUCCCAAAGGUCCACAAGAAAUGAUGGUCCAAUUUCAAGUAUAAUCUCAUUCAACCUUUUGAAUGAUGCAAACAUCACGAAGACUUUCCCGAAUCUGGAUGUGUCUACGGCAUUUGAGUUUGUUUUCAAUACAAAGAAUGACCACUGGCUUGGAAAUUCAAAAAGUUUCCGUCAAGUGACAGAAGCAACCAGCUUCCUAUUCGGUAAUCUACUAGAUGUGGUCGAGGAAGUACAGAUAGCUAGAAUGGAACUUCUGAAUUUAAUCAGCACUAGCUUUCAAUCUCCUUGUGUUGGUCAGCUUGAACUGCAGCUAUGUUUCAUUGAUUUCAAGACUGGCGGGAAGGUGACUCUUAUUCUUGACAUGAGUGGGUUGAAGUGCGCCAUAUAUCCAUCCGAGAUCCUCCCAUCUCAGCUGAAGAUUCAAAUGUCAGGAACACAAACAGCAGCAACUUUGCUCUCGUCUCAAAUCUUCAAUGCAGUUCAGGGCCUUAAAGCCGGAUACCAUUCAAUGAUCAUUCGAUUAUGUCAAUGUGUUUCCGAGGUGGUCCAAGCAUCAACCAGAUAGAAUUCAGACAGCAAGAUCUUCAUCCGCCGCCGUGGCUCUUGUACAUGCUCUCUCACUGCGUGACGCCAUUUUCAGUUUGUUUGCACCCUAUGGUAAUCUGCAGUUUCAUGGCCGUAGUAGUUUGGAAAUGAGAAGUUCUCUUACUUCCUGUUUCAGGCAUUGGUUCAAGCUCGUGACUAGUUGGGAGACUUAAGGCUUCCUAGCCUCAGCAAAUGUAGCUAAGUGAUCAGAUUUGGUACAUGUAGGGCCCACAAUUCGUUGGCCCCACUGUGUAUGGAUGGUGCCUGAAACUUCCAUAGAUUUGAAGUUGCUGACCCUUUUGGGCAGAGAAAAUUUUUGAUACUCUGGCAGAAAUUGAUGGACGUUGCACAGCCACUCAUAUACAUGGACGGUUUGCUAUGAAGUAAUUAAAGGUUGGUAUUCAACAAGCAAUUUUUCAUGAAUCAGAGAUUGCAAUCAUCCAAGAGAUGUUCCUGUGCUUCCAGAGCCGUCUUCAGCUACAGUGCUACUAGUUGCAUCAGGCAUGCAGCAUUUCAAUGAGUCUUAUUUUUGCAAAUGUUGCACAGAGCUUUCAAUCAGUCCCCAUGAAUUAGAUUACCACUGUAACAAAAUGUUGUAGCAUGAGACUUUUUCCCA